CUUGUAUAGGGAAGAAUCACUCAUCAUCGUCAUGUUGCUCUAAACUCCAGGGAUUGCUUGUUUCUACAUCUUUUGAUGCCUUGCAUUUGCCUUUAAAAAGCAAAACUAAGAGUGCACACAGAGAAAACAUUUGGACUUGAGGCGUGGCGAUCAGAUGAAAAAACAAAUAUGGUCUUAAUUUUAAACUUAAUUAUCAAAAAGAAAAUAAGAUUGUAUUUAAAUUACUUUCUCAUUCUGAAGAUGUGAAGUCACAGGACGGAAUGAAAAUCUGUGGGGUACAAGUAAAACUAUCAAGCAUUGUAACACACAGAGCCCCUAAAACCCCCACCCCUGCUACCUUCGAAUGGAGGGGAGAACAGAAAGUGACAAAUGUAAACAGUGGGACGGCUGUGUUGAGGGAAAUUACCUCCCAGAACCACUGGCAUGUUGCCACGACGAAGACAUUCAUCUGUUUUCUACAGAAUCUGACUCAUUGGCAAGAUGAAGGGGAGGGAGUAGAGAGCGAGAGAGCGAACAGAAGGGAGAGGGUGAGCGCUGAUCGCAGCCUGUGAACGUGAGGCACAGAGUGGGAAUGAGAGAGAGGCAGAGGAGCCACAACAUCUGAAAGUUUUAAACCUGUGAUCGUGGUAGGUGAUGCGGAGCAAGACUGGGGGUUCCUCCAACAUGUGGAAGCAAAACAAAUUCCACUUCAUGGACUGUUUCAGACAGAGACAGAUUUAAGAUUUGCCGCUGAGGGGAGGGAAUUCUCUGUCACGCUCUUAUUUGGCGAGGGUAGAAAUAUAAAGAAGAGAUAGCGGUGUUUUAAAAGAUGUUAAACUAAGAGAUGUACAAAGAUUGUAAUGCAGUGGACCUUAGGCUGCACGGUUUUCCCAGCAAAAAAUACUGCUGAAGUGUUUAUGAAAGUGAAGACGCAGCAGCUUGGAAAAAAUACUCAAGGAGUUGACGCGUCAAGGCGGAACUUAAACUUUUGCUACCUUCAGGAGCAGACUUGUAUCUUUUAAGAAGAUGCAGUGGAUGAGAAGAGUAUCAACUCCCUGGGACAAUAACAACCCCUGCUAACAUCUCACAGUGGAAGUACUGAUCGUGUUGGGAUUAUUGUCAGCAUUGGAUUUUGUAGAGUUGGACCUGUAAUCUUGCAGUGGAUCUAGCAGAUAUUCCUUUUGAAUUGUACACUGCAAGGGCGAUGAGGCAUCCUGUACACUGACCUACCCUACCCUGUGUCCUUGCCUGAAGGACCUAGUGACCAUGCUGACCGAGUGUCAAACACCAGACAGAUCACAGCCCCAACCCACACUGAAGCCUGCUGUAAUCUCUGCAGCACCAUGUCUCAGUCAGGAGACAUGUCCGAGGAUCAGCUGAAGUGGGCUGCCCUGGUUAUCGUCAUGGUCAUCAUCCCGACUAUUGGAGGGAAUAUCCUGGUCAUUCUUGCUGUGUCACUUGAAAGAAAGCUGCAAAACGCCACAAACUACUUUCUGAUGUCGCUCGCUGUGGCUGAUCUGUUGGUGGGACUCAUUGUGAUGCCCAUUGCCCUGGUCACUGUUCUCAACAACUCAAAGUGGCCUCUUCCGGAUCCCCUCUGCCCCUUUUGGAUUUUCUUCGAUGUGUUGUUUUCUACUGCAUCCAUCAUGCAUCUCUGUGCCAUUUCAUUGGAUCGCUACAUUGCCAUCAAGAAGCCAAUCCAACACAGCCAGUAUAAAUCCAGAGCCAUAGCAAUGGUGAAGAUUGCACUGGUGUGGCUCAUUUCAAUUUGUAUUGCGAUCUGGAUUCCAAUUAAGGGGUUUGAGAACUACGAUUUUUACAACACCACCAACACCAAAAUCACCUUUAUCUUAAACCGCACAUGCCAGCUGAAUAAAGACACCUUCCCAGAUUUUAUCAUUUCUGGGUCCUUGGUAGCAUUCUUCAUCCCUCUGACCAUCAUGAUGGUCAUCUACCUACUUACUGUCCAAGUGCUGCGCAAAAAAGUUUUUUUGCUCAGGUCAAAGGUGACUCAGCGCUUUAGCUAUCCAACAGUACCCACAGUUUUUCAACUGGGAGGGAACAGGGAACAGACUGCAAGUCCACCUCAAGCUCAGCAACUGAACAUGUUGAAUGGCAGACUUCCCAGGAUAGAAGAAAAAACCAAGACAGGCACAGCACACUCCCCUACAGGAGAUGAAAUGUCUUUUCGGAGAAUGUCAACAAUGGGCAAGAAGUCAAUGCAGACUCUGAGCAAUGAGCAGCGCGCUUCAAAGGUGCUGGGCAUCGUAUUCCUCCUGUUCGUGAUCAUGUGGUGCCCUUUCUUCAUUACCAAUAUCUCCUCUGUGCUAUGCAAAGGGUGCACAAAAUCCAUUAUCGACACACUCAUGGAGGUCUUUGUUUGGGUGGGAUAUGUGUCAUCAGGCAUCAACCCACUGGUCUACACCUUAUUCAACAAAACUUUCAGGCAAGCAUUCAGGCGCUACAUCACCUGUAACUACAAAAGCUUUUCCAGUCAUGAGCCAGGAUUGCAGCAAAGGCCAUCAAUUACAGAUCGGACCUUCACAAGGUUUUCAUUCAGAUCUUCAAUGGCAGAAAGCUCUCAACGGUUCCUUAAGCGGGGAAUGAAGAAUGGCAUUGGAUCAGUUGGGUACCAAAGUCCACUGAGGUGUGGGCAAGCACCUGUACAGCCAUCCAGUGGAGUUAUGUUAGAUGCAAUACUUCUGACUGAAAAUGAAGGUGGUAAGCAGGUGGAACAUGUUAGCUGCGUAUAGGGGUACCAGACAAAUUAAUCAGAAUGCAUUAUCAGAAUCUGUCAUUAAUCUCAAUUUGAUUGUCACGUCAUUUUUUGUCAGGACUUAUUACACACUACACAACAAUGAGAUCUGACCUAUUAUCAUCUGAUGUCUGUUUACAUCAGUAAUGUUUUUGUUCUUUUUAAACAACCCCAAAGUAACAUUUUCAUUUCUGGUCAUUUCAGAGAAACCUUUUUAUCCAUAAGUCACUCCUAUGUUAAGUAUGUGAAUUUAUAUGGUAAAAAUAUUACUCAGUGGGCUUUUAAGAUAGACCGUCAACAAUGUGAAUUCCCAAAGACAGACAGACAUUGAAUGGCGUGCCAUAACAGAGUUUGAGUUUUCAAAUGUAAUAAAACCGCUACCUUCAGAUGACGUGUUACAGGUCAGCUAAAAAAAAAAAAAAAAGGUCAAAAGUUGACAGCUUUCAGGCCAUUAGACUUGUGAGGAGUGCGGGCACAAGGAUAAACUAGAAACUCUGGAUACAGUAUACAAUAUAUCCCUACACCGAGCCUUUAAACUUCAGCUAUCUGAAUACGCUGUAAAACAUCAAACUUACAUUCUAUUAAGACAACCACAACUCCACCUUUCCAUUCUCUUCUGCAACUAACACAUAUGCAUAGCACUCUUGAAGCGAUACUUGUAUUUUGGAA